AUGACUUCAAAACCAAGCUCUGCGGCUUCAUCACUAUCAAAGCCAUUGCAUCUUACCAUUCGAUUCGCAGAUUCGAUCCCGGAUCUGCUUUUGGACAUCCCCACUCAGAACAAUGUUACUGGUGUAGGAUUGAAACAUUUGGUCCGUUCAAAGCUUGAACCUCCAGCAUCACAACGUCGAUUUCGAUUUAUAUAUGGGGGAAAGUUUAUACGAGAUGAUGAUUUCCUAACAGCUAUACUUAAAGUUCCAACACCUCCUCCACGGGCUGUAGAUGCGAAAGGAAAAGGAAAAGAUGUAGAACUACCACCUCCCAGGGUAUACAUCAACUGCUCAAUCAGUGAUGAUGACCUAAGUCCUUCCGAGCUCGAAGCAGAAACAUUAGCAGCUACUACCGCACUCAAUAAGGCAAAGAAGGAAAAAUCACCAGAUACAGCUUCUACGAGUCUCGGCACACCAACUUCAAGCACAACGGUUGCACCGCGUGGCUUCAAUCGAUUCCUCUCCGCUGGGUUUUCCCCAGCUGAAGUGAAUCAACUACGACUUCAAUUCCAGUCAAUUCAAGCAAGCAUACAUACACCAGAUACUAUGCCGUCUCCUGAUACCUUAUUACGGAUGGAAGAUUCUUGGAUAGAUAAUAAUGCAGGGAAUGGCGCAGGUAGAGUUGAGGGUGGCUUUGACUUUGGGGACGAUGGUAUGGGUAGUGGAUUUGAUGAUUUAUUAUGGGGCAACAUUAUGGGAUUCAUAUGGCCUCUUGGAUGUGUUGUAUGGAUAUUAAGAGAGCCUGGAAUAUUGUCAUCAAGAAGACAAAUCGCUGUUUUCACGGGGUUCCUUUUAAGUAUUACAUUUGGGUUUCUAAAAGUUCUCUCAUGA